AUGACAGCUAGCAGGCGUGUCGAGGUGGUCGGCAUCGGACCGUUGGGGGUAACAAGACAUGAGCUCACUUCGGGCGACUUGCUGGCCGCCUGGCGGUUAAGUGAGAUACAGGCCUGGCACAUCAACUGGGAGCUUGGUGAGCUAAUUUUGAUUUUGGCUCCGGCUCCUACACUGGCUCCUUUGAACACAGAUGCUGCAGAAAAUAUGGUGUCGUGUGCUAAGGGUGAGUAUAGAAUAGGACAUUUUCAUGGCUUUUAG